ACAACAAUAAUAAUAAUAAUAAUAAUAAUAAUCGGUUUGAUUAUUAGAUUUCUGAAGGUACUGGCUACGUGCAUAGAGAGAAAAUGGGAAGGUCCCCAUGCUGCGAUGAAAACGGCCUAAAGAAAGGACCAUGGACUCCUGAAGAAGAUCAAAAGCUAGUCGAUCAUAUUCAGAAACAUGGCCAUGGAAGUUGGAGAGCUCUUCCUAAGUUAGCAGGGCUUAAUAGAUGUGGAAAAAGCUGUAGACUAAGGUGGACUAACUAUUUGAAGCCUGACAUUAAGAGGGGGAAAUUCUCCCAAGAAGAGGAGCAAACUAUUCUGCAUCUGCAUUCCAUUCUUGGAAAUAAAUGGUCAGCAAUUGCAACUCAUCUUCCAGGAAGGACAGACAAUGAGAUAAAAAAUUUCUGGAACACUCAUUUAAAGAAGAGGCUAAUUCAGAUGGGUUUCGAUCCAAUGACACAUCAGCCAAGAACUGAUCUUUUUUCAACAUUGCCAUAUCUACUAGCUUUGGCCAGCAUCACCGAUUUUAUGGAUCAUCAUCAAUCGUUUGAUGAACAUUCUCUAAGGCUCCAAUUAGAGGCAGUUCAAUUAGCAAAGAUUCAACAACUUAAUUACUUACUUCAAUCCACUACUAUUUCUACUACUACUACUACUACUACUACUAAUAAUAAUAAUAAUAAUAAUUCCUUAUUAAGCAACAUUAUUAGUAGUAGUAUUAAUACCAAUAAUAACUCCUAUGACCAAAAUAAUAAUUCCAUCACAGACAUGGAAGCUUUCAAUUUAUUAAAUUCAAUCACGAAUAAUAAUGUCAAAGAAAAUAACCCAGUUACCACAUUUUCUCAUGAUGAGAUUAUUGUUGAUUCUUCUUCCCAACCACUCCACCAAUCAAGCAACAUGCUAUUACCUCAUUUAUUAGACCCACAGCCACAAGUCUCUUUGACAAGUUCCCAAUCAAGUUUGAAUAGUACUAAGCUGGAUCAAGGUAUUACUAAUAAUAAUAAUAAUAAUAAUGGUUUGGAAGUUAUGGGUAGUGAGGGCGAUUAUCACAUGAUUUCUCCAUGGAACAUCAUAACAUCUUUAUCAUCAUGUUCCUCAUCUUCGUCAUCUCCUGCAUCUUCAUCUGUUCCACUAAAUGCAAGCAGCAGCAAUACUUCUAGCUAUGGUGGAACCUCCUCUUACUGGCCUGAACUUUUUUAUGGGAAUCCCAUUAUGCAUGAUGAGUUAUACUAAUAUUUAAUUUAAUUUGAAAGAGGUUAUUAUUGUGUAUGCUGUGUUAUGCUCUCAUCAGAACAUUGUUUUCUUCUUUCCAAAUAUACUUGGGGACAAAACACAUAGAAUUUGUUGAGAUUUCGUCAUAAUUACUUUCAGUUAUCGGUUACAUCAAUGUUCCUUAU